AUGGACUCUUCAGCUAUCUACAUUCUCUUGAUUCUCAUCCCAAUCUUCUUCCUUAAACUCUCGUUAUCCCUUGAAUUCCCUGAAGAACUCAUCGAUGAAAUCCAUCUGGUUCCCAUCAACGAUGGCCCCAUUUCAUCCCCUCCUGAAUCUGCAACAGUUGCAUUUCCUCCAAGUCCAACAUUAUUUUCUCCUCCUCUUGUUCCUGCGUUGUUCGUAUUAGGAGACUCUACUGUUGACUGUGGAACGAACAACUUUCUUGGAACUUUUGCCCGAGCCGAUAGGCUUCCGUAUGGUAGAGAUUUCGAUACUCAUCAUCCCACUGGACGCUUCUGCAAUGGAAGAAUCCCUGUUGACUAUCUUGCAUUGCGUCUUGGAUUGCCUUUUGUGCCGAGUUAUCUUGGACUGACGGGUUCUAUUGAAGAUAUGAUUCAAGGAGUGAAUUAUGCAUCUGCUGGUGCCGGAAUCAUAUUCUCCAGUGGCUCUGAACUGGGUCAACGUAUCUCCUUUGCGCAGCAAAUUCAACAGGUUAUGGACACAUUUCAACAGUUUAUUCUGAGUAUGGGUGAGGAUGAAGCAUAUGAUCUUAUCUCAAACUCGGUAUUCUACAUUUCAGUUGGAACAAACGAUUAUAUUCACUACUACCUUCGCAAUGUAUCUAGCGUGCAAUCUCUGUACCUCCCAUGGAGUUUCAACCAAUAUUUAGCCCAUAUUAUGAAGCUGGAGAUUAAGAACUUGUACAAUGCUAAUGUGAGAAAUGUGGUUGUCAUGGGACUAGCCCCAAUUGGCUGUGCUCCUUAUUACUUGUGGCUACAUAAUAGAAAGGAUGGACAGUGUGUUGAGAAGAUAAAUAACAUGUUACUGGAAUUCAACUUUGCAAUGAGAUUCACAGUCGAGGAACUUACUAAGGAGCUCCCGGAUGCUAACAUAAUCUUUUGUGAUGCAUUUGAAGGUUCUAUGGACAUAAUGAAGAAUAAUGACCGUUAUGGUUUUAAUGUCAUUGAUGAUGCUUGCUGUGGAUUAGGCAGGCAUAGGGGUUCGAUUAUGUGCAUUUCUCCCGAUAUGGCUUGCAAUAACACUAGCAACCAUAUCUGGUGGGACCAAUUUCAUCCGACGGAUGCUGUAAAUGCAAUCUUGGCUGACAAUGUCUGGUCUGGCCUGCAUACGAGAAUGUGCUAUCCCAUGAAUUUGGAAGACAUGAUAUCUCAAAAUGCUAAAUGA